CACACACACACACACACACACACACACACACACACAGCGCCGUAUAAAUGCCAACAGCUGAUCGCAAGACGGCACACUCACGGGAACACCUCGCGGACGUUGCAGAAAGAGAGAGAGACCGAAGGGAAGAGAGAGAGAGAAGAGAGAGGGAUACAGAAAGACGGAAGCUGUUGAUCCAUUUGGCCACAGGGAAUCUUAUUGUGAUUUUUUACCGACCUGAGUAUUAGUCAUUUACGGGAAUUAAGGACUAUUUUUGCGGGAGGGAGAGAAAAGAGCAAGGUGUCCGACAUUUUUUGAAAGCUUCCAAAAUCGUCCUGUCUUUUUCUCUUCUUUCUAUUUUCUUCGCAUCCCUCCCUCCUCCUCUUCUUUCUCCCCCAUCUCUUCGUCCUCUUCUUUAAAGGAGCCCGGGACCGCUGCACGCGCUACAGGGUGCCUUCCACCGUUAUUUAUUAUUUUUUUUUAUUAUUUUUGAGUGCUCACGAGCCUCUGCCCCCUGUCCGCGAGCACAGAGUGCGCGUGGCACCCCCGCUGGGAGCUGUCCGGUGCUGAAGUUGCAUUUCUCACCCUCUCUGCACGGGGACUAAAGCAGAGAGACAGAGGACAGCCAAAAAGACAGAAACAGAAAAGAAAGACUAACUAAGCGUUGGUUGAACUAUUUUACCGGAUCAACUCACAGCUCGCGAUUCUUCCAAAAUCGGAAGACAAUCUUCCUCCGGUUCGCCUGUCUUGUUGGUGUGUAACGGGCGAAUCAGCACGCUGGCCAGGCCGUCGGCAAACGGCUGUGUUUGUGAGUGUGUCUCGUUGUGUUUGUGAGAGUGUGUGUGUGUGUGUGUGUGUGUGUGUGUGUGUGUGUGUGUGUGUGUGUGUGUGUGUGUGAGUGUGUGUCGGUGUCGCACCACCAUGCCAAGGUCGUUCCUGGUGAAAAAGGUGAAAUUAGAUGAUUUCUCCAACGGAGCGGAUUUGGAGAACGUCUACCGGCACAGGACAGACCUCAGCCUGCGGCUCCAUGACAAAGCUGGUUACAUCAGUGACUACAUCAGCCCUGUUGUGUACGAUGGUGAGAGUGACGGGAUCAAGGUGCCCUCCCCUGACCCCCUUUACGAUGGUAUCCACAGUGACUACGGGGCCCCUGACUCGGAGUCUCCUGACAGUCCUGGCUCAGAAAUCACUGACGGCUACAUCAACGGUGAUGCUGCUGUGAGUGAGGGAUACACAGUCGAUGCCUUCUUCAUCACAGACGGCCGCUCGAGGAGGAAAGCUAUCAGCAGUCCCAGGACCAUCCAGAGGCACACCUGCAAUGAGUGCGGAAAAACCUACGCCACGUCUUCCAACCUGAGUCGGCACAAACAAACACACCGCUCGCUGGACAGUAAGCUGGCAAAGAAAUGUCCAACCUGCGGUAAGGUGUAUGUGUCCAUGCCCGCCAUGGCCAUGCACCUGCUCACUCACGACCUCAAGCACAAGUGUGAUGUGUGUGGGAAAGCGUUCAGUCGACCCUGGCUUUUACAGGGCCACAUGCGCUCCCACACAGGUGAGAAGCCAUUUGGAUGCGCCCACUGCGGCAAGGCCUUUGCAGACCGCUCAAACCUGCGCGCUCACAUGCAGACCCACUCGGCCUUCAAGCACUUCAAGUGUAAACGCUGCAACAAGACCUUCGCUCUCAAAAGUUACCUGAAUAAGCACUACGAGUCUGCCUGUUUCAAAGGCCCCUUCUCUUCUCUCAGCCCCCUAGAUGAAUGACCCCUUGCAUAGAUUAAACAAUGGACAAAACUGCAGACAUAAAUUGCCGUUAUCCCAACAGACUAAACUGCAGACACAAUCUAUUUUUGGUCAGAAUAUGACCUUGCUUUCCCUCCUCUCCCUAUCUCACUUUCCCCCACCUUGCUUUCCAUUGGAGCCUACUCAUGAUGAUGAAGAUAGCACAAUUUUGCUCCUUGAGAUUUGCCCACUUAAGGAUUUAACUGAUCUACGCAUGCACUUCCUCAAAAACUCUUCACCGCCUCUUCCUCUAUCUGUUCUGGAUGGAGACAAUAAUACUAACACAGCUUUCUUCUGGCAUCUAGAUACAGUGUGGCAUCAUAUAUUUUAGGACACUGAUGAUGAUGAUGAGGAUGAGGAUGAUGAGGAUGAUGACAAAGACAUUAGUAAGACUAUAGCUAUUGGGUUCCUCCCUGCACUGAGCAGUGAGAGUUGUUCCUUCUGAUUUUGUUUUUUGGGGGAAUAAUAGUAAUAAUAAUAGUAAUAAUAAUGAUAAUAAUAAUGUUCUGCUGCACCAAGUGACCAUAUUCUCUCCACUACCGAGGUAAAAAUACUAUUUAUUUACUUAUUUAUUUUAGCUUUUUGCUUUCCCUUUUUAUUUGUUUUAUGUUUAUAUUUGAUUUGAUAACAAUGAAGGGAUGCCAUUAACUUAUUUGUUGCACUUUAAUUUCUGUAUUUGGAUAUCUGAAAACCUCUUUUUAUUACUAAAGGCCAAAGCAUAUGUCACUUUUUUAAGUACUAUUUUUUUCCUAUUAUAUUGUUUAACUUUUUUCUUACUAACAUUAUUGCAUGCAAAAAAAAAUGAAAUCUAUGCCAACAUCAUAAAAGCUUAUGAUUUUUUGCCAAAUUCCUAUAGAUAGAACCUGAGGGCAAUAUUUUUCUCUUGGAGCCUACGACUCUUUAAAAGCAAUAAUCACCUAAUGCAUGGUAUUUUAUGAUGAAGUAUUACCUACUACUGUAUAGCAGUUUAAAAAUCAGGUAUGUUUUACUUCACGUAUAGUCAUAAACAGAAAAAGACUAAUAUUACAGACAUCAGGGAACAUGCCAAUGUAGUGUUAGAUUAACAAAAAGAAAAGUCCUGUCUUUCCUCUUUUGUUAUGCACUGCCUGCCUCUUAGUGAGUAGAACUAUUGUAGGAUGUAGGCUAGAGAGGCUGGGAUCAGCUGCCUGCUGGGUGUGAGGCCUAUUGUAGGAUAACUGUUACCCUGACAGACCUGUGCUUGGCUAACUCUAGCAUGAAAUAAGCCUGCUAACAAUAACCAGGGGAGGUCUAAUUUUGGAUUAGGCCUCUCAACUUGCAUUGGAUUAUUGGCCAUUCAUGAAAGUUCUAUAGUUUAUUAAAGGUCCUGGGAUGUUAAAAUGGCACCUAAAUGUGUUGAAAACAUAUUUUCUGUGUCAUGCAGCCAAAUAACAAUAGGCCUUUAACGUACUUUUUAUAACAUUAUUUGUCUUCAUACAGAUAAACAAUAAAAUAAGGUUAAUACAGCAAUCAGAUUGCACCAAGAUGUGCACCAACCAACAUGACAGUAAGCAUAUGGUACUGUAUGGUCCAGUGCACUUCCAAACCAUAAAGCAUGCAUUCUUAAACCACAGAAAAAGAAUGCACUUUAGUUGCAAAUUCCAAUUGCAGCUUAAUUGUUACAGUCCAAUAGACACACAAGGCCAAACACUGAUUAUUCUGCAGUAGGCCCAAUUUAACCCUACUGGGUCGAGCAUGGGCUAACUCUAUGAGUGAUACACCUACAGACAUGCUAACACUAAUCAACCCCAACCCAUAGAUUGUUUGAUUGUUAGAUUGUUUCAACCUUUGAUCUAGGUGGCCGAUGCCAGUGUUGCUGAACCCAGUUCUCUGCAGCUCAGAAACCUUUUUCUACAGAUUCAUGGAGCUUCCUGAGAGACAGACUGAGGACACAGAUCUGCACAAAAAAAAAACUGCUUGAUUAUAUCCCAUAUGCAUUCAUUGUAACCUUGCAUAGACACACAUUCGACAAGUGCAUGCCCACACAUUCGAGCACACAGUGCUUGCUGAUGAGAUGUUGUGGGAAACACACAGGGAGACUCUGUGGCCACAGUCAAGCUUCUAACAGUUGAAAAGAAAUUAGUUUAAUAAUCAGAUGUGAAUCUCUGAUAAAGGCAGUUUUGAUAAUUACAGCGCUUCCUCAGGCAUGAUAUUACUCAAUUAAAGAUUGGGUUGACUGAUAUUCAACACCAUUAAGGGUUUUAGGGACAAAAGGCGAGUCUGCACUGAUACAUGAAACCAUUGCCUAAUUUCAUUCACAUCUCAGAGAUAAAGUUAUAGACCUUUAUUUCAUCAAAGGCAGAAAGAUUGGUAGUAGUCAACUUUUUGUAAUGGAAGUCUUGUGUUACAGGAGACCAUACAAUAUUUAAGUCUUUUACAAAGAAGCUUUUAUUGUGUGAAAAAUGUAGCUCACAAGUCAAUAAGAAAGAGGCGGUUUCUGUUGUGACUGAAGCAAUCAGUAUGCGAGUGAGCAAAUUACAGGACUUAUCUCUCUCCCUGGUGUGUGAACAAGAUUCAAGCUGCAAUUACUUGAAUUGUAUCAGACGAUUAGUCAUAGAGCUUCAACUUGUUAGAGCUGAAAUGUUUGACUUUGUCUUUUUAUCAGUGAUUUUAAAGCCUUGGCCAAAAUACUCACAAUAACUAGUAGAUAAUAAACAUUCAAAUUAGGUGUUUUUAAACACAAGUACUACACAAACACAAUUCCAAAUUAAAAGCACAAGUAUGGCAAAGAGACUAUAUACACAAACCAAACAAAAGCAUAUACUUUCAUAUUUCUUAAUAAACUUAGGAGAAAUCAUCUCUUGGUAGAGAAACAAAUUACAAUAUGAUAUUAUUUUAACCGCCAACUCUGACAUCCUAGCAAGUGAUCAGUGUGACGGGUACAAAGUUGCUAAACAAACCACUGAGUCUCUCUGGCAGCAGUGUCUCCAGUUGUUGUUUACGUAUCACAAAUUGUAUCAUUGUGUUUUAAAACACUUUGCAACUUUGCACUGCAGCCCCAACGUUUUAAGGCUAUUUGGUUAGCGUUGUUGUUAGGUGGCUGUUUGGUGGUUUUGAGGCAGAAAAUCUGUGUGUGUGCGUCUGGCUGUGUCUGUCUCUAGGUGAGCUCCGGGUCUGCUCUCUCUAAGCACUUCCAUUCUAGUCAUCUCCACCUUGAAGAAAGUAGCACAAUGAAACUAGAAUUCAGGUAGAGAAGAAUUAAAAACCUUGUACUAGCUUGACCUCUCUUCUUUUUUUGUAUUUCCAAGUUAAAGAAUGAUGAUAACCUAAAUAAUCAUUUAUUGCAAGAGGGUUUGUAAAGAAUCCUUUGGAUUGAGACAUUUUUACAGCUGUAUAGCGAUAUCUAACACACCUUAUCUCAGAAGGUUUGGCUCUCUGUUGCAGAGAGAGGAUCUCCUGGGGUUUUUUUGAGCCAGAAUUCAGAAAAUGUAAGCACAAUGAACACAAAGCAUUUUGUGGCACUUCAUAAUAAAGAAUAAUCUUAACCAAC